UCUCCGCGGACCCAGUGGAACACAGGAGUGCCUCGGAGGCUCAGCGGAGACCUCCGUCCAAGACGCCCUCCCCGGGCCUCCCCACCCCGGCCCGCGGGGCCCCUCGCCUCGUAGGCCUCUGGAGUGUGGUUUCGGGGGGCGAGGCGAGAGCAGGCCCGGGGAGGGGGCGCGCGCGGACCGCCGGGGAGCCGCCGACGCUGUCACGAUGAUCGAGGUAUCGACAACACCUGACGCCCAGAAUCUGCUACACCAGCUGAACACCCUCCUGGAGCAGGAGUCGAGAUGUCAGCCCAAGCUCUGUGGCUUGAGGCUGAUCGAGACUGCCCACGACAACGGCCUGAGGAUGACGGCGAGGCUCAGGGACUUCGAAGUGAAAGACCUUCUGAGCCUGACCCAGUUCUUUGGCUUUGACACAGAGACGUUUUCCCUAGCUGUCAAUUUACUGGACAGAUUCCUGUCUAAAAUGAAGGUACAGCCCAAGCACCUUGGGUGUGUUGGACUGAGCUGCUUUUACUUGGCUGUAAAGUCAAUAGAAGAGGAAAGGAAUGUCCCUUCGGCAACUGACUUGAUCCGAAUAAGUCAGUAUAGAUUUACGGUUUCAGACUUGAUGAGAAUGGAAAAGAUUGUCUUGGAGAAGGUGUGUUGGAAAGUCCGAGCUACCACGGCCUUUCAGCUUCUGCAACUCUAUUCUUCCCUCAUUCGGGAGAACUUGCCACCUGAAAGGAGAAAUAGCCUUAAUUUUGAAAGACUAGAAGCUCAACUGAAGGCAUGUCACUGCAGGAUCCUAUUUUCUAAGGCAAAGCCUUCGGUGUUGGCCCUGUCCAUUGUGGCUCUGGAGAUCCAGGCACAGAAGGCCCUAGAAUUAACAGAAGGUGUCGAAUGCCUUCAGAAACAUUCUAAGAUAAGUGCUCGGGAUUUGAUCUUCUGGCAAGAGCUCGUAUCCAAGUGUUUAACUGAAUAUUCAUCCAACAAGUGUUCCAAACCAAAUGUUCAGAAGUUGAAGUGGAUUGUUUCCGGGCGGACCGCAAGACAGUUGAAGCAUAGUUACUACAGAAUAAGUCACCUCCCAACCAUCCCCGAAACUGUUUCAUAAAUGGGCAAA